AUGUGUAAUCUUGCUCAUCAAGGACAUUCGAUAUUUCAACCCAAUAACUGGAAACACAUCCACAGUGUUCCAGGGUCCGUUGUAGCUCUAGACAGAUACAAGCCCUUUUUUUUUGUAGUUUAUAUGUUUAAAGAGCUGUCAUAUUUUGUCUCAAGGAAUUUUGUUUUUGACUUUAUGGUUUUAUCUUACUGCAAAAAUAUCAAAGAAGUUAUUCGUAUCUCAUCAAAGCGUGGUCAGACGAAAAGAGGGUUCCAAACAAGGUCAAAAGCCGAACACUUUGGAGGAGGACAGCCUCUUUGGAUAAUAACCAGUGUACCUGUGUAUCCACAAAAUUAUACCUAA